AUGUGGUAUGAUUUUAGUUCCGAACGUCCUUGUAGUACGAGGCAAAAAGUCUAUGGAGCCAGGACAUUGAGGAAUUCUUUUAGCAAACUUGAACCGACAGAGAAGAAAAAAAGAAAACAUCCCAACAGCCACUUGCUUUCCCCCCCCAGCGUGAUCCUCGUCGAGUUCGGGGAGAACGGCAGCACGGAGGUCAUCAUCGUCUCGGGCUACAACGUGAAGAGCAUCACAGUCCAAGACGACAAGCCUUCGCCGAGCCUUGUCAGCGCCAUUGACAACCUCUUCAGAAAAGAACAGAUACAUUACAGUAGCCAGGAGCUGACAGCACGACGGGAGAGCCUUUGCGUAUGGCUGGCAGAAAACCGUGUGCCAUAUACAGUUAGGGAUGACAUGAGUGUAGAGGUUUUGCAAACUGCAGUAAUAGCCCAGCCAUAUGAACCAGGCUCAGUCCAGUGCACCAAUGAAGUAGUUCUGGACAAAGUGAUGAAACUGGUGCAGCAAAUGCCUGUUCAAGCUGCCACCACAACUUAAAAUGCCCUGCUAGUGUACUAAUAGCAGGAUGCCAGUAUCUGCUUAGAGCGCAACAGAAUCAUGUGAUAUUUCAGCAGAUGUCUGGCCUCCUAUUCUGUACAGCUGAAUCAUGUGUCUGAAUCAGUUGCUAAGGCUGGUACACACCAAAGUUGAUGUAGUGAAGUGUAUGCCUUGGCCAUUGUACCACCAAAGCUAUCAGUCUUGCUACUACAGUAUUAUAUUUAUUGAGAUAUCUCUCAGCAAAUUUAGUCUUACCAGUAAAGUAAAAUAGUUCAUAUAAUGUGCCGAUGACAGUCAGAUGUCUUUUUGUACAGGAUUAUAUGCCUGAUUUCAUAUCUUCAUGUAACCACCUUGUCUGAAGACUUAACUAAUAACCUUAAGGAAAAUUAAUGUCAUAUUCUGUACCCAUAGUAACAUGAAAAGCUUGCAGCCAUCUAAUAUUCCAUGAAAGUAUACUACCAAUAUUACAGUCUUAAAAUCCAUUUUUCUUUGUAAUUAUUAGAAGGACAGGCCACCGUAACAGCCCUUGAUUUGUUUUGGCUUCCUUGUACUAUUAUCAGAGGGUGAUUCUGUAUCAGCAUGUAUAUUUGGGUAUAUUUACUCUUUAGUAAAUAUUUGAUGUGUAAUUCAGAGGAAAAAAAAAGCAUUUCAUACUGAAGAGAUUAUGAUGUCCGUACUUAUGUUAUUCAGGUACCGAAAAUUAGUUUUAAGAAUUGUGAAUAUGUAUUCAGAAACAUUAUCAUUCCAAACAGAAAACAAUAGAGUUUUUUUGGGGAGGGGACCACAUAUAUGUUUUAAAAAAAUAUAGGACUUUAAACAGGAAUGCCAUUUUGAAAAGGUUGAUCACUUCAGGGUAUGUUUCUGAUAUUAACUAGGACAAAUUGUUGUAUACAAUUGGGUGGUAAGUAAGGUAAUUUAUAUGUAAUGAUUUGUCACUGGCUGUGAAUAUUUAUUGAUUUGUAUAAAUAGUAAUUGCUCAAUAUAUGGAAACCUGGUUGAAAGCAAUGGUGGAGGAACCACUACUUGCUUUAACCUCAUGUGACUGGAAAUUAACAUGGAGUGACUCUAAAUUUUAUUACUACACAUAAAACUUUUGACAUAAAUUUAAGGAGCUGACUUUCUUGUGAAGAUUAAACAGCCUCUAUUACUGAAGACAAUGCCUUAUGCUUCACAUACUUAGGUUUAAUAGCAACGCACAGAAGAAUAAAACCAAGCAUAAAUGUAAGCGUUCUUGAAAUUUUGGGUCUUGAAACAGUAGUCUCUUUUUACGUAUUUAUUUCAAAGCGUAUUACAUCACUCUUGAUUUGAAUCGGGAAAGACGAACUCGGGUUUCCGUGAGAACAACGCGAGCGAACGUAGAAGGGAGAUGGCGUACACGUAGACUUCAGUAUUUGAAUGUGAGAUUAGCCAUUGCUGAUAAUGCUCUUAAGAAUAUUUGUCUCCUGUGCUUCCAGUGCUCGUUCAUUAAAUUGAUGAUUUUGAUUGGUCAUGUUAAUAAUGAUGAUAUUGGAAUGAAUAGUAUAAUGAUAAUGGCUAAAUAAUGUUAAUGAUAAUGAUAAUUGUAAUGAAUAGUAUAAUGAUAAUGGCUUAUAUAAUGAUCAUGUUUGUCAUGAUGAAUAUUGAAUUUUAAGAUCGUAUCCUUUUGAAAAAUUAGAAUAUGAUUAUGAUAAUGAUAAUUACAAUACACAAAAUGCUGUGAAAAAACAAACAAGAAUUAUGUCAUGACUGGUAACUAGCCUUCUCAAUGUUGUUAUGACCAUUGAUAACUAUUAUGAUUAUUAUUGUGAUUUAAAAAUAUCCUGGGCAGUAUUAUCAUCAUUAAUAAUAAUAAUAAUUUUUAUUAUUAUUAUUAUUAUUAUUAGCAUUUUCAUUAUUAUUAUCAUUAUCAUUAUUAUUAUCAUUAUCAUUAUUAUUAUUAUUAGCAUUAUUAUUAUUAUUAGCAUUAUUAUCAUCAAUAAUGUCAUUAUUAAUAUUAUUAUAAGCAUUAUCAUUAUUAUUAAAAUAAUUUUCAGUAUUAUCAUUACUGUUUUAAUUAGUUUGGUCAUUAUCAUUUUUUUCUUUGUAUUUUCAACAUGAAAUUACUGUCUCCAACAUCACUACUAUCUUAAGUAUCAUUUACUUAAUUUUAUUUUCAAGCUUUCCGAUCAGCAGUAAUCUAAUUCCUAAAUUUCUUUGAACUUAAUAUUAUAUCAUAGGCAAUAAAUUUUUUGUAAUUACUUUUGAAAAUGAGGAGCAAGAUCAAAUCAAUAGAAUCAAAGGUUUUCAUUACAUGUAGAAAUACUGAUGCAAUUCUUGUUGACUAAAUGAACCGACCGUUGCAAAGGGAAAAAAAAAAGAAAUGCAAGGUAGAUUGAUAAAUAUUUACAUCUUUUUUUUUAAAGCACAGGAUAUAUAUAUUUUUUUUUGCCUUUGUUUCUGUUGGGUUCUCAUUUAUGUUCCCCUCGCGAAGGACACGCGAGAUUAUAUAUAUAUAUCACGAAUGUAGCAAGUGAGAAGUUCUUGACUAGCGAUUCCUGGUACGAUGCAUUUUAGUAGAACCUACCUGGAAUGUAUUUCCUGCCCUGGUGGAAAUAGAAGUCCCCGAUGGGGCUUAUUUCGACUGGCUCUGACGCCAGGAGUGGGGCCAGUAGCACACUUUCAAUGUCGACGUGUGAUUGAGCCUUUUGAUAUUCCUGCUUCACUUUCGUGUGAGGUAUGCAUAGGUAUAUAUAUAUAUCUUCAGGCACAGUGUCACAAUGUUUGAAGUCGAUGAGCACGAUGUAAUGACUCAGUUGUCCUUCUCCUUGUGAUGUAGUUUGUAAAUGGAUGUGCUCAUGGUUGAUGAAGACAGUGCAUGUACUUUCAUAACUUGUGUAUAAACGCAACUUAAGGAAACUUUGUAACCAUUUACCCUUUAGUAAAUAUGACUGGUUGGCUGUGACAGUUUUGGGUGAGAAACAUAACUUACAUUCCAGUUGGGUUCUAUUACUCAAUAUAUUAUCUUAAAAUGGCUAUAUAUCAUCAAUCUUCCACCAACAAUAUUAGCUAAUCUUGCACAUAUAUUUAAAGCUUCUCCCCCCCUCCCUCCCUCCCUCCUCCCACAAUAUACAACUUUAUUAUCAUUAUUAUCCCCAAGAAUUUAGAAGGGUAAAGAAGCAAGUGAAUCAUCUGCUAUCAAAUUUCGAACGUUUGAAAAAUCUUUGUAUAAUUUUGUGAAAAUAGUUGCCUAUAAAAACUCCUUUGAAGUGCGAUAGGUUACUUUUUCUCUUUGUGUUAUAAUGUUGUUGUUUUUUUUUGUUUGUUUAUACAGAGCUUUCAAAAUGUUCCUUCUUUAUGAAUGUGGUCUCUUCUGUCUCCAAUAUAUUCGGACAGAACUUCUCCUUUUAUAGCUUGUUGGUAAAGGUACCAUGUACACACUUUGUUUCGUUGGUGGAUUAUGAAUUUUUUCUUUUAUUGACACUUUAUCUUUUUGUGUAAUAUGCAUUUCCAUGAACUUCAGCAUGAUUCAUUCUCUUUUUACCUUCUGGGUAUGUUUGCCUGCGAUCAUUUUGAGAUGAGAACUUUGGUAUUUAAAAAAAAGAAUGGAUGGUUCGUUUGGCAGUAGAUGUUCAGGAGUUAUUAGUUUCAUUCCUGUACAUUUCUUGCAGAUUAACACUGAGAUAUAUAUAUUCUUGAUUAAGUAGUGCAGUGCAAUGUUACCUCAUGUGGUGACUUGAUGUGUUAGAUGCAACCCAUUAAAAUUUCUUUGUAGUGUGCUUUAUAUUUUGAAAAUUAUCAUUUCAUACCAACACUAAUACAGAAAAUUCAUAUAAAUCAUCUGUAUUAUACUAGCAUAGUUGACAAAUAAUUUGUAAGAUAUUUAUAUGCAAUUGUUGACUGCAAUAACUUUCAUUGAUGGAAUUCUGUUCUUCAAGGUUGUUAUCACAGAAAAUAAACUAUUGGUGCUUUGGUGAGUCAUGGAUGUGCAUCCUAAGGAAAUAUUAUGUAAUUAUCACAGGAAGUUUGAUGUCUUAGCGUUAGGUUUCACUGAGUGUUCCUCUAUGCUUUUGGAAUCAAGAGGCAGUUUACAAGGAGAGGAAAAUAGCUAUCUAAAUAUAUUUUUUUCAGCAAAAUUUUAACAAUAGGAAGUAAGCAAGUUGAUGAGUUUUAAUAGACAUUAGUCUUUACACUUAAAAGGAAAUGGAUCAUAGUGUUUGCAUGUUUAUCCAUAGUGACGGGUUUGAUAGAUGAAUCAAAUUGGCAAAAUUCAAAGAAAUUGUCGACUUCUUAGAAACCCAAUUCAUUCUCAAAUAUGGUAAUGGAGGAGAAACUAUAUUUAAGUGCUUUUUUUUUUUCAAAUAUAUAUAAAGAUUUUAUUAUAUAUUUUAUAUUUAAGGAAGCAUUCUAACAGCUGUGAGUGCUUCACAUAGACAGCAAAGUGUUAGACAUAAUAAUUACAGGAGAUUGAAUGUUACUGGUGCUAGUGGUUUAUUAUCUGUGUACUUUUAUUUUUUAUCUGAAAUAUCAUAAAGGCAGGUUAUUUAGCAAUUCUCUUGUUUACUGUAAUUUUCAUAUAAAACAUACCUAUAUAAUUGUGGCAAAUAUAUGGCUUGGUGCUUCAUGUAAUAUUAGAGAUUAAUGAUGUUGCCUUUUAUGUAAACUAGUGUGAUUAUGGUGGAUGGAUAAUCUCUUGUUAUAUGUAUUGCAGGAAAUGAGUAGAUUACAUGUAAUGUUCCACAGAAGUUAGUAGACUGCAUAUUCACCAUUGUGUCAUAGUGUCUAAUAUUCAUAGAAUAGAGCCUCAUAGAGCUACACUUUGAUGGUAGAAAUAAUACAUAUUGCAGUUUAUUUUGAAAGUACUCUUUAUCUGUUUAUAGAAAAAAAAAGUAUUUUUUACUCUAAAAGGAUUUUAUUUUAUGGAUUUUUCGGUCUAGGCUUCAACAGUCAUUUCUGGUAAGUUCUAAGAUACUAAGGAAAAUUAUGAAAAGAUACUAUGUAAUUUUAUCAAUGGCUGUGAUGACGUUUUUGCAUUAUGUUUCCUUUGAGUCUUUCCUUUUUUCACAGGCAGGUAUUUAUUUCUUCAUGCAAGGUCUAUCCAGUGCAUGGUAGUUACGUAUUGCUAUUGCAAAGUUCUAUGGAAAUACAAACAGUACUGGUCUGGCACGGUGAAAUCAGACGACAGCCAAGCAAACAUAGUUAAAUGACAUUAUAAAAUUGGAAUGAUUAUAAUUUUUAUAGUUUAUUUUUACAUUUUUUCAAAUAUAGAGUAUUAAUUACUCUCAUUAUGAAAUCUACACGAAUUUCAUAUCCUCAGUCAUAGUGUCUACAGCAUGAAAGCUGAAUUUCAUGGUUUUAUCUCGACAUUUGUAGAGACCAUUACGUAGCUUCAUAACAGCAGGACGACAUUAGUGAAUUAAGGUAUAUAAAUACAGGCAAGCUAAUGAGGCAUCAUCUCCUGUGACUGAUAAAUAUCCUGGAUAUAGUGAUCUGAUUAUUGUAACUUAAGGACAUAAUGUAAUGUUGUUUAAGUUGAAACUAGUAUUUUUGCAUAUCAACAUUUAAUUGUUGAAAUAUGGCUGUGCUUUCAUGAAUCGUCUUCUUAUUUUCAUCGAUCUUCAUGGAAGUAUAUAUGGGUUCAUUCUUGCUUAAUAUCUCUUCUCUCUCUUCAGCUAUUCAUUAAUUGUUUAGUUAGAUCAGUUUAUUCAGUCAUUUAUCUAUUGUCGUCAUUAUCACACAUCAGUUUAUAUAUUCAACUGAUAGAGUGUUUUAACUAUAUGCUUUUCUUAGUUAUUUGCUUGUUUUAUACUCUGGGUGAUUACAGUCACUAGUUGUUUAUUAGUGUUAAUCAUAGCACUGAAGUAACUUAUUCUUUGACUGUAGUUUUUACUGCCAUUAUAUUACAUUUAGUAAUAUAAUAUUUGCUGUUAUUCUUUUCAGUAUAAUAAUAAUCAUUGUAAUUGUCAUUACUUUUUAUUUAUGUUUAUUCAUCCUCAUCUUAAUCCUGGUAUUCAUUAUUAUAUAGAUUAUUUUAUUCUAUGGGGCGCUGUUGUAUGUGACUUUUAAUAUCCAAUUCAUAACAUUAAACCAUGUUGAUGUUGAGAUCUUAUUAUAGCUCAGUUAUCUGAAGCACUAUACUAAGUGUUAAGGAUUAUAUUAUCAGGUGGUAAUCAGUGUAUGUGUAAGCACAGUAUAUGUCUUGCUUGACCUGUACAGUAUUUACAAAGUUUAUAAUAUGCCUAAAAUGUCAAAACCCUAUCACUUAAUGUAAAUAACAUAAAGACUAAAUGAAA